AGCGAGGGAGACCAGAUUUGGGGCGGCGCGCGGCCAGAUGGCCAUGGAAGCCGAUGAUGCAGGCGAUGACCCGUUGGAGUUCCUGCAGCAGAAGAGGAGGGAGGUUGCCCUCAUGACGCAGGCCGCCGCCGUCGCUCAAGAGCAGGCGUGUCGGGUGAUGGAGCUGCAGAGAAAGACCGAGGCGCUGGCGGCGCACCUGGACGGUGGUUCGAGCGAGGAGCCUUUUGCUCGAGAAGCAGACGCAGGCGGGAUGUCGUCCUUAUCCUACGAGGAUAAGGUCCGAUUCGGACUCAUUGGCGAGACCGAGGCGGCUCCCAGCGCCAGCGCGGCGCCGGAGGCCAGCGCGGGGCCGGAGGCCAGCGCUGCGCCCGAAGAUCCAGAGCCUUCACCGUCCUGGAGCAGCCUCUCCGCGGCCGACCGGCUCCGCUUCGGUCUGGGCGAGGAGGAGAUGAGGCAAGCUCCGAGCUGCCCAAGAGUCCCGGCCGGGCCGAGCUCGGUGUUGAGCCCGUCCCUGGCCAAAACGCUGGCGCAGCUCGAGGCGCUGGGCAUGUCCACCUCCGCGGCCAGCAUCGCGGACUCGGAGCGCAAGCUGGAGCGGCUCCGGCUGAGAUGAAGGCCGCAGAGGCGUCGCGAAGGCGCGCCUGCGGUUUCCGGUGCUCCAGUGACCAUCUUGUCUUGUGGGUCUCUUUCGUUGUCUUUGCCUGAGUCGGAAUCUGGGAGUGACCCACAGAGAUGAUGAACCCGCAAAAGAUGCUUCCUGGAAUGCCGGAAGUCUAGAGUCAGUGAUGUGUGCCGCUGGCGUGUCAAACAUGCUCCAGUGCACAGAUCCUGGGUGUCUAUCACCCAUUCUUUUGGCCUGCCCAGCGGCAUUUGAAGAGAAGCUAC